GUGGCUAGCUGGGCUAGACAUGUCAGACAACUGACAGCAAUGCUAACUUGGCCGCUGUAGUUAGUGAGUUAUCAUAAAGUGUCUCAAAUCUUAAGGAGGCUAUUAUUGGGCACUUAAUCUCUCAAAGUGGCCCGUGUAAAGGGUUGGCCAACCGGUAAAACGUUACGGACCCCGUACCUUUCAUAUCUUAGAACAACUGGUUAGCUAGCGUUAGCUGGCUAGCUGGGGAGCUCCCGAAAAGUAACGUCAGAGCUUGUUUCAUACAGCCAUGUCUGCGGCCGGAGACUUCGGAAACCCUUUGAGAAAAUUUAAGCUGGUCUUUCUCGGGGAACAGAGCGUGGGAAAGACAUCCUUGAUCACCAGGUUCAUGUAUGACAGCUUUGACAACACUUAUCAGGCCACAAUAGGAAUCGAUUUCCUGUCCAAAACCAUGUACCUCGAAGACAGAACAAUUCGGUUGCAGUUGUGGGACACAGCGGGGCAGGAGCGAUUUCGCAGCCUUAUCCCAAGUUAUAUAAGAGACUCUGCUGCCGCUGUUGUAGUGUACGACAUCACAAAUGUCAACUCCUUCCAGCAAACCACAAAAUGGAUAGACGAUGUGAGAACGGAGAGAGGAAGUGAUGUCAUUAUCAUGUUGGUGGGGAACAAGACAGACCUUGCAGAUAAAAGACAGAUAACCACAGAGGAGGGAGAGCAGAGAGCGAAAGAGAUGAAUGUUCUGUUUAUUGAAACAAGUGCAAAGACAGGCUACAAUGUCAAACAGCUUUUCCGUCGCGUGGCAGCGGCCCUUCCUGGCAUGGAUACCACACAGGACAAGAGUAGAGAGGACAUGAUUGACAUAAAGCUGGAGAAGCCACCAGAACUACCUGCCAGUGAAGGAGGCUGUUCCUGCUAAUCCCCUGCAUAUGUCAGUGCUCAUAUAAUUCUCUUACUGGCUAUUUCUAAAACCCAGUCAGGUUUUUUUCUGUAUCUGUCCCUUUUACUUCACCUUCCUUUAUUCCCCAGCCUUAAAAGAAGAACACUACAUCCGUUAUCCGUCAUUGUGGAAACCUGCUCUGUCAUCUGGAACGUUCUGAGAGUCAUUAUUACAUAAACUGAAUAUUUGCACUGUAACAAACAUACUGGUACGUUUAAACAGUAUUUGAAAGCAGAGCUCAGCUUCCUCUUCUGAGCUUCUGUUGUCUGUCAUUUAAAAAAAACAGAUUGGUUUGAUGAGUUUGUCUAAAAAGACGUUUUGAACAAAACCAAAAGAAAUAUGUCUGAUUAAAGUUUGUGUUAUAAAGUGUAAUAUUCAAAAAGUUAAGUACUGCUUUUAGCUUAAUAAGCACAAUGUGAGUGUUUUGAGCAUUUUUUUUUUUUAGUAAUAUUUGUUUUGUUGCAGUUAAUUGGCAAGAAUUCAUUAAUGAAAGGUGUUCUCAAGUUUUUAUUUUUUAACUGCCUGAAAAUGUUUGUGGAAAAAGUUGAAGUAAAUCAAUGAUAUUUAGGGGGGCUCACUUUUUUAUAUUCAUACACAAACACCCACGGUGCAGCUGGAUUAAGGAGCCAGGAGCUCAUUUAAAUGUCUGUGCUUUCUUUGUGGUCCUGGUACCAGAAGAGUUCCGAUUCUCCACACAUACCAGCACAUUACAAUAAGUUAGGACACGGUCACACACCAAAGCACGGUCUCAAACCAGCACAAACAUGACUCACAUCUAACACUAUCAUGUCACCUUUCACAUUACCGUCCUUCCUUCCUCUCUUCCCACACUUGUUCCUUGAAAUGGGUUAUUUUUACCUUGGCUUCCUUUUUCUAUUACCUUUUUAUUUGGUUAGAUGUUUGAUUUUUUUUUUCUAAAGACUACGACUGUCAUAGAUUCAAACUAUUUCUUUGAUGAUAGCAUUCGAGGAUGAUUUUGUCAUUUAUAAAGAGUCAUAAUCAUAAAACUCAGCUUAAAUGUUAGGCUUGGAGGUAAAUGCAUUUUGAAGUUUAAUUUUAGAGGGCUUCCUUGGGUUUAUCUAGUUAAGUUUGGUAUGUUUUACAAACACAAUAAGGACUGCUUUUGCUCAUUUUAUUUUUUUGGCAUUGAUUUUUUGUUAGUGAUGAUUCUACAUAUGUAUUUAAUCCACAAUGACUUGUAAUAUUUAUUUCUAUUGGACUCAUCCUUUCUUUUUUAUGGCUGUUAAUAUCUUCUCUUUUGGUAUGAGUCCUGAAUAUCUAAUAAAAUAUGCAUCUAUCUGGACCACCUUUAACAGAAUCAGUAGAGAGCGUCUGCUGUGCCCUCUAUCAGCUCUACAUGGCAAUUUGAUCAUAAUUAUACUGUGCAAUUUUUGUGUGAAUUAUGGAAGAGUGUCAGGUUUGUUUAGCAUAGUAGUCCUUAACGUUUCUGUCUGGAAUGGUUUUAAAUGAGAGAAUAAAAGAUACUUGUCACUGCU